CUCCGCGAACGGAGCGCACAGUCGAGCAUUAGUACGCGAAGCUGCCGCUUCGUUUGUUCGGCGGUGGUCGGCAAACUUCGGUUUCGUGUCGUAGUUUAUGGUAGGGGUAACCUGGAUCGAGCAUAGAGCAAUAGACGGAGAAAGAGAGAGAGAGAAAGCAAGAGCAAGAUAGAAAUCAGACCAGGACGGUGCAGAGAGCAGAGACCAACGUGUCUCCUCUCGUGCAUGCGUUCGCCUGUACGGAACGGUGGUGUGUGUGCAACAUAGAGAGACAGACAGAAGGACGUAUGCGUGGCGCGGUGAGAAACGUGUUACGAACAGUGACAGACAAGAUGGCGGUGUGUCUUGUGCAGUAGUAGGAACAGUGGUACGUAGAGUACAUUAGAAGGAUAAAUAGUGGAAGAAAGGGGUUAGGUGAAAGGUUUAGCAGCUGGAUAGUAUGGAACCAGCUCUUACGACGACCACGAGACGUCGCGGUCAUCAACAUCAUCCGCGGUACACUACGCGUCGACGUAUCGAUGUCUCCAGCAGAGGACCCGCGCAGUGUGGCCCUGCUGAUAUCGUUAAAGAUACGCCGACUGGUAACAACGAAACGCCAACGACUACAACGUCAUCGAGACUCGAUGAAAAAAGCACUGUCAUUGGUACGGAGUGUUCGACCGCGGUGACAGUACCCACGAUCGUCGGCCCGAGGUGGCUCCAAGAUCCGACGGCCACUACUGUGUUCUCAAAAGACGUCAACAAGAUAACGUACAAUCUCGAAGAUGAUGACAGAGAGGACAUCCGACACAGGCUCGCGCAGUGUAGCCUGGAUGUCCUCAAUGAACGACGCGAACAGUUUGUUCUUGAUAGAAACGAGAACGAGAGCUGUGACAGCCACGAGACGGAACAACCAUCAACUGAUAAGCCUCGAUUAAGGCCACGUGGGAUCGAGAUAUGCAAAAACGAGUCCGACAACGAGACGAGGAGCAAAGAAACUUCACCGGAGCCUGAGCACGCGGUCGCGAGGGCUCGCGGUGACGGGAACUCUGACGACGAGUCGACCAACGUCGAGGAGGACCCUGAACUUGCUGAGCUUGCCAAGCUUAGAUGUCCUAGCGAAAGGACCGAGGUGCAAGCUGAAAGGGAAGCAAGAAGAAGAAAGAGAUGCGCCGAUUAUCCUGGAUUAGCUUUCGGAUGGUCCAUAUUCUCCAGCGACACGAUGAUGAAAUUCGGUCUCAUAAGGAACGAAUUGCAGAAUAUUAUGGGGAACCAGCUUAAACGGGCUGAGUCCGAAGUAGCCGCUCUGAAUCGUCGUAUCCAAUUGUUGGAGGAGGACCUCGAGAGAUCGGAGGAACGCCUCGCAACGGCCACUGCUAAAUUGGCAGAGGCGUCGCAAGCUGCGGAUGAGAGCGAACGGAUACGCAAGGCACUCGAAAACCGUACCAAUAUGGAAGAUGACCGAGUAUCCCUGUUGGAGCAACAGCUAGCACAGGCUAAACUGAUCGCCGAGGAGGCGGAUAAAAAAUACGAGGAGGUUGCCAGAAAACUAGUCAUGAUGGAGCAGGAUCUUGAGCGCGCCGAGGAAAAGGCAGAACUUUCGGAAGGGAAGAUCGUCGAGCUUGAAGAAGAGCUGCGCGUAGUUGGCAACAACCUGAAAUCCCUCGAGGUUUCCGAAGAGAAGGCGACGCAAAGAGAGGAGACUUUCGUGGGCCAGGUGAAGAUUCUGGAUAGUCAAUUAAAAGAGGCUGAAGCUCGUGCCGAGUUCGCAGAAAGAUCCGUGCAGAAAUUGCAGAAGGAGGUCGACAGGCUCGAAGACGACCUUGCCGCCGAGAGAGAGAAAAACAAAUUGCUCCAGGAAGAGAUGGAGGCCACCCUGCAUGACAUCCAGAACAUGUAGAUCGUGUCUCGCGGCUGACAGAAACAUGAGAGAAAAAAAAGUCGAGAAAAGAUUUAUAUAAAUAACAAAAACGUUGAGAAUUUAAAAAGCAUACGCAGAUACUAGGGUACGAUUCCUUCGGGAUUAAAGGAACAAAACAGAGAUAAAAGGAAUGAAAAGUAAAUACUGUAAACAGAAUUCGAAAGGGGUGAGGGUCGCAGAACGAACGAACGAACGAACAUCGAAAGCUUUUUUUGAGUUCGACGAUAUUUAUCGAAAUAUCGUUGAGAAACAAAAAAUACACGCUGUGCGACACGAGUGCUUUCGUAAACGUUUCGCAAAACGUUGAAAAACUUUUUUUUUUUUUCUUUUCUUCCUUCCUUUUCUCUUUUUCGUCGGAAAGAGAGGAUAUACUUUAUACUUUGUAUACUUCUGCUGCGCACGCUUUUCACUCGAACUAUCGUUUCUUCAUCCUUUUCGUAGGAAAGGAUAGAACGAUGGUUCGAGUAAAAUGUAUAAUGUAUAAAAAAAGAAAGGUAGGGUAUGCGGUUUAUCAAAGGGGCUCGAAGAUGAAAACUCCCUUUGUCUUCUGUGUUUCUUUUCUUCUUUUUCUUUGAAAUUUUGUCGUUUGUUGUCCAAAACAUAUCUUUCACGACUAUCAUUUUUUUUUUCUUUUCUUCUCUGGUAAUGCUUGCUUUUAAUUGGAUUGUCGAUCAGUAUGAUUAAUUUCAAUACCAUUGAGUGUCUUUUAAUUCCUUACGAGGCGAGUACUGUAAAAGAGAAUCGUGAGCGAAGACAUAGGAAACAGAGUAAAAAGGGCAACCGAUCAAAGCGUGUACGUCAAGGAAGAAUUUUCUAUCGAGUUUGUCAAGUAUUUUCCACCUGUUACGUCCUAUCACGUAUCGUGGCUUCCGAACGUUCGCGAGAUUUAUACCAUUCUACUUUUUGAAUUAAUAUAUUUUGCUGAAAAUUCUACUCUUCUGUAUUUUAAUUAUUAUCUUUGUGUACGUGAGUUAGUUAUACAGCUUUUAUAUAAACAGUAUUAAAUUGAAUAAUUAAUGGCUUAGACUCCUCAAUUUGUUAAUUAAUGCACAUUUCAAUGACAAUCAUAAAAAGUUCCAAUAAACAUAUUGGGACGACCUUAACAAAAAUAUUUGACAAACUCGACCACAUAAGUAAAUUUUUCCUCGACGUAGGACUACUGUAUGAAUUGGCAGCAAAAGGGCGAACAUGACCAUUGUUCGUUGCUUUUCGUCGUUAACGUUUUAUAAUUCCUUGGGGCUCAGCAUGAAAAAGGAACGUCCUUGGCCUUCUUCCACUGCUCGUUCGUUCACUGAUGAUAAAUCUUAAAUGCUUCUAAAAGACGCUCACUGCCAGCUAAGUGAUACCUUCGAGGAACAAAUCCAAUAUUAAGCUCGUAUUUGCGCGUGGUCCAGCCAAAAAGAUACUAGUAUUAAUCUCACUGGUUAAAGCUUAGAAUUUAGCGAGGUGUAUACGUCAGGAAUAAGAGAUAUAUAGAAAGAAACCGCAAUAUAUGUUAAAAGUUUUUGUAUAUUUGUAGUUUAAAUCGUAUAUUAAUAUACAUGUAUGAUAAUACAGGGCACUUCAGAAUAUAUAGUCCAGUUCAAAGAGAAGGAGAUUAUUUAUAUAUAAUUAUGCAUGAAACGUGGAAAGGAAGUCUGUUGAAAAUUUUUGAAGGACUUUUAUUCUAUGCUUUUUAUUUGACUCUUUGUGAUUCUGUGUUGAAUUGUAUUUUACAUAAUGUUAAAAAGUAAAUAACAAAUAUGUUAAAUUAAAUAAUUUGAAAAUAUUUCGGUUUUAAUUUAUAUUGUUAUUUGUAUCAUUAUUCAAUGUUGAAGUUUUAACUUUAAAUUUAAUAGGCAAAUUUGUAUUUUUAUUUGAUAGAAAUAUGUCAACAUGGAUACAUAUAAAAAUGCAUUCCAAUUUUCUACAUUUUUUAAAAGCAUGUUAACUAUAAACUAUUUGAUAUUAAAUGUCAAAAGCUAUUUGAACCGCAGAGUGAAUUUUUCAAACAGAAUCUCCUUCUCUAAUUUUCUACUACGUGUUCCCCAAGUACUCAAUGUUUAAUCACAUAAAGAUUAUUCGACAAAAUGUGAUCUUGGAAACAUCCUCACAGAAAAGGGUGAACUUGCAAUCGCAAUUAACGCAGCAAUCAUUAGAAAUAGAAAGGUGAACGAGCAAAGUACGUUCGCAAAAAUCCCGUGUCCUUCUAGUUCACGCUGAGCCACUCGACGUUUACCGAUCGUGCCUGGAUUAAUCCUUUAUUGUAAUCAUUCUCUGGCCAAUAGAAAACGAAAAAGGAGAAGGAAAAAAGAGGAAAAGAAAGAAUGAGAGAAUUUCCAUUUCAUGGCGCGUAACUUCAUCUUAUGCGAUUGUUCAUCGCCGCAGUUAAUCGAUAUCGUUAAUUAAUAUCCACAUCCGUAUUAAGAUCACCUAAUUCGAAGGUGUGUCAUAGUUAAUUCCACGUGAAACAUUCCUCCCUCUUUAUCAUCGUGAAGAAGAAACUGCCUGACCAUCUUUUACGUAUCUAAUCCCCUGGGUGAUUCUCGUUCAUUGUAGCUUGUCGGAUGUCGUGUCGAGAUGAAUUUAGAAAGUUUUCUCAACUUUGUAAAAGUAUGAAGUAUUAGGUAAUCCCGUAAGCAAUGCAGUUUCUUGAAAGUUGCAUUUAAACUUAAGGAUAUGAAUUGUCACUUGUCACGCUAAAAAUGUGAUAAACGAGGAAUAGAAAAUUCAAUGGAAAGAUGGCUAAUAAUUGAAAACGUUGCAGCAAUAAGGAACUCUACCUCUUAAUAGAGUUAUGUAAACCAAUAAAAAUCAGCUCAAAAUUAAAUCACUGUAAACUUUUGAAUAAACUGUUUCAUCGUUGAAUAUACAAAGUCCUUCUAUUGUAAGAAAUAAGAAGAAUAUAUCGGUAAUUAAUUGUUAUGAACAAAUAAUAAUUAUUACUUUUCACUUGAAACAAAGAUGCCGCAUUUACUUACGGAAUGACCAUUUCGAAGAAUAAUUUGUGCAAUAAUGUUUUAGAUUUGUUGUAUAAAUCGAUGAAUACGUUAGUAUGCUAACUAAAUCUUUUUAGAUACAAUACAAUGUACAUUUGGGUUUUUCAAAAUCUCGGGAAGACAUCCGAAGAAAUUAAUGCGCGUCCAGCGAUCGAAAACGUCACGAGUUAUUCUAUAGAGAGAGAACGAUAGUGAAAAAGAGAGAGAGUGCGUGUGAGAAAGAGUAAGAGAGAUCAUGCUCUUGCUCUCUAAUUAUGAAAAUCGAAGAAAGCACAAUAACGACGAUUCCACGCGUCCUACCGUUAACGAUAACGACAUUUCUUUGUUAUUCCCGUAUUUUUUUUCUUUUUUUCGAGAAAAUGCCAAUAGAGUGAAAGAGCAUGAGAGGGAGAGAAAGGUGGAAUGAAUGAGAAAGUGAGAAUGAGUGCGACAGAGAAAAUGCAUAAAAAAGAAAACGCAAAUACUUGAGUUCACACUUGAGAGUUUUAGUUUAUUAAUUUACUUAAUAUUAAUAAAAAAAAACGAAUGAAACGAUAAUAACACUAAUAUCAUUGUAAUGAUUAUUAUAUAUAUUGCUAUUAUUAUAAAACUGUUUGUAAUAUAUAUUUUAAUUUUGAAAAAACA